AAUUAAAAAAACAAAAAAACAAACCAACGCCCCGCAUAAUAAAAUCAAAACCCAUCUUUUUCAUCUUUAUACCUUCCUACAACUGUGCUCUACUUCUUCACUCUCUUGUAUAGUCUCUCUCUGUCUAUUUUCAUGGCCAUAAACACUGCCACCAAAACUAAACCCCUGCACAACAGUGUUAACGCCGUUAACAACAAUGCCAGCUGUUGCGGUGGUCCCGCCGAAGCUAUUUCCGCCACCGCCAACACUACUACCGACAGCAAUAAUAAAUCCCGGCGGCGUCUCCGUUCUUAUAAAAGUGACCAUUUUCGCCGGGAGAAUCUGUCCGCUGGGAUCUUUCUCCGCUGGAACUUGCGUUACUUGUUAGUGCUGCCUUUGUUGUAUGUUUCUGGUUUGAUAAUGUGUAUAGGGCCAUUCUCUUCUUUAUUAUUCCAGCCUGAUCUCCCUGGUGCUGUUUACCGGAGUCAUGACUUGUUUGUGAAGCUUUGGCCUGAUAUUUUAGCUGAUAACUCUACUUCUAUUCAGCUAUCCUCUGUGUGGAAAUACAAAAGGAGGUUGAAAGUGCAGAGACCUUGUCCCAAUUCAACUAAUGCUAGGCAAUCUUUUCCUGCUAAUCAAGUGUCGGCUGGUCCUAGUGGUUACUUGAUUGUUGAAGCAAAUGGUGGUCUUAAUCAACAGCGAUCUGCGAUAUGCAAUGCAGUGGCUUUAGCUGGACUUUUAAAUGCAAUACUGGUCAUUCCUCAGUUUGAAUUCAACAGUGUUUGGAGGGAUCCAAGUGAAUUUGGAGAUAUUUAUGAUCAGGAUUAUUUUAUAUCCAUCCUUGAGGGUUAUGUGACAGUGGUUCACGAGCUUCCUGAUGAAGUGAUGGAAAGAUACGACUACAACAUUACUAAUAUUCUAAGCAUCCGUGUCCAAGCUUGGGCUCCUGCUAAUUACUACAUGGGAGCUGUUUAUCCCAUCCUUCAGGAGCAUAGGGUUAUUCGCAUUGCUCCCUUUGCCAAUAGAUUGGCAAUGAGUCUACCUCCUCAAAUUCAGUUGCUGAGAUGCAUAGCCAAUUAUAAAGCCUUGAGGUUCUCUUCCGCUAUAUCAACACUUGGGCAUAAACUAGUGACCAGGAUGAUGGAGAGAAGCUCAAGGACUGGUGGAAAAUAUGUCUCUGUCCACCUCCGCUUUGAGAAGGACAUGGUGGCUUUCUCAUGUUGUGUCUAUGAUGGAGGAGGUGCCGAAGAGCUCAAUUUGAAAACAAUCAGAGAAUUAGAGUGGAAAGGGAAAUUCAAAAGAAAAGACCGAGUUGUUAUGCCCGGUCUCAAUCGUAUUGAAGGAAAAUGCCCUCUAACCCCCUUGGAGGUUGGAAUGAUGCUACGUGGUAUGGGAUUUGAUAACAACACGGCAAUUUAUUUAGCCUCAGGCAAAAUUUACAAGGCAGAAAGACAUUUAGCUCCUUUGUUGCAGAUGUUUCCCCUUCUUUAUACAAAGGAGUCUCUUGCAACUCUAGAUGAGCUUGCUCCUUUUGAGGGUUAUUCUUCAAGGUUGGCAGCUUUAGAUUACACCGUAUGUUUGUAUAGCGAGGUUUUUGUGACAACUCAAGGAGGAAACUUCCCACAUUUUCUCAUGGGGCAACGGAGAUUUCUUUUUGAUGGGCAUGCAAAGACCAUUAAGCCUGAUAAACGCAAGCUUGUUAUUAACCUGCAGGAUAUGGAGAUCAGUUGGAAGGCAUUUAAGUAUCAGAUGGAGAUGAUGCUUGUAGAAAGUGAUCGCAAGGGAUUGAUGGUACCUAGAGUCCGAAAAAUCAACAGAAAAACUUCCAUCUACACAUAUCCUUUACCAGAAUGUGGGUGCCUCAUUUCAUACAACUCAUCUCUCAAAUCAACUGCCGCUCCAGACACGCUAGAUUCCCUCGAGUCCACAACAUAACCGAAAUAUUUUUGUUUACAUAAUUAUUUUCUUCUGUAUAGUGGUGCGUGCAGCUCGGGUAAGUCUCCCCAACCGCUGUUCUCUCUAUAGCGAAUUGCUAGAAUCUUGCGUGCAAAAUGGAGAUGACAGUUAAGGUCAUCAAAUCGAGGAAUUCCAUUUUUGAUAAUGCAAGGAAUUCAUCUCAUGGAGUUGCUUCUUUUUUGGGAUUAAAAAGAAAAGAAGCAUUCAUGGUUGUGAAAAAGAAUGGUCAAAUUGUAUGUGUAUCUAGUUUUAAGAGUUGAUUGGCUUCCAUAGUCUUUUGGUGUGGGUUUUGAGUUGGAGAUCGACUUCUAGCUCUAAUUAAGUGAGAGCUUAGUGUCAGUGUAGGUAAUUUUUUCCUCAGCUCUGAUAUAUGUAACGAUGUCGUAUCUCAAACUUUAUUUUGUGCUUACUAUUAUGAAAGGCAACAUGAAAUUUAAAUUAACAAGUUGAGCAAAA